AUGCCCGAGAUCGUCCUCGCGUACGGCGUGUCGGACGAGUACAGCUUCGUAUUCCACCGGUCGGCGACGCUGUUUGAGCGCCGCAGGGACAAGAUCGUCUCCACGGUCGUGAGCACUUUUACCGCAGCGUAUGUGCUGGGGUGGGAUUUGUUCUUUUGUCCAGAGCAGGAGGGAGUGAAGGAGGGAGCAAAGCAGCAGGAGGAGGGAGAGGAGAAAGACGAGAGUGCGCGGCCAGCUGCCGCUCAGAAGAGCAAAAUGCUGAGCAUGGACAUGUUGCCGACCUUUGACGGCAGGGCCGUCUGUUAUCCCUCCUGGGGCAAUUUGCGGGACUAUUUGAGCUGGAGACAGGUUGAUUGCCACAUCAACAACCUCUACAACACAACCUUCUGGGCCCUGGUCCAGCAAGGGGGCAUGACGCACACGGCGGCUGAGGAGUUUCUAAAGGGUACCGUGUCCUCCGACAAGAAUGAGAUCCUGUUUUCGAGGUUUGGGAUAAACUACAACGACGAGCCGGAUAUGUUCAAGAAAGGGAGCGUCGUUUUGAGAGAGUACAUGUUGAAGAAGGGAGGAGAAGAAGGGGAUGUCAGAGGGACAGGUGAAGUUAAGCACGAGCACGAGCGCAACGUGGACGAGGACAAUGAAGACGGAUCCUCUGCAGUCCCAGAGCCCGCCGUGUCCAAGACGCAAGCAGAGAAAAUACGCAAGGCCCGGAAAAAGGCACAAGUCGUCACGAAACACAUCGAUAUCAUCCGCGACGACUUCUGGUCCCAGAGGCCCUGGCUUCGCAGUGGGAAGCCCGGGGAGACUGGUGGGUGA